GAAGUUAUGCUUUAUCUCUCUCCUUAAAAGAUGACUCUUUCCUCAUAAAUUCAUCAUUUACACGCGAAAAAGAAUGUGUGCACAUCCAUAGAACAGAAUGCCAUCGAUCAAUUCUGUAAUAGGUGGUAGAAUCGCAGUGAAGUUCAAUAUCGACACCAUUAAGCCUUUCUUUAUUUACUCAAAGAUAUUGGCCAUUCGAAAAUAAGGAAGAGACCAGCACUCACUUCUUUCAUCAAAUGGAAUCCACAAAGAAAAAAAAUUGGGUUGAGCGGGCGGGGGUGGACACGUCUGUUUAAAAGUACCAGCUGCUUUUUUGCCCUUGACUGGAAACAACUUUCCCAAUGGCAAACAAUCCAUUGUCAGAUCCUCCUCGGAAUGUCUUCACCUUACCAACGCCGACUGAUAUGUCUCUCAACCCAUUCUGGUCGACCAUGAGACAAAAUGAGAACUUUAUACUACAAAAGUCAACAACUUCCGGAGCACCUCUGUUCAAGAACGUACUGAGAACCAUUGCCAAUGUAUUUGACACAAACCAACCACCAUACCGAAUAUUGUUUCAAAGAGAAGUUAAUACUACGUGUUUGCUGCUUGCAACGGCCGAAACUGAAAGUGUUAUUGAAAAUGCAUGGAAUUGGAUUGUGGAGAAAAUGAUACCGCAACUGGACCACGUCGAUGACCCCUACGAUAAAGAAGAAUGGGUAGCUUCCAAAAUACAACAUAUAGUAACCCACAUUGACGCAGGAGGAGAUGAGACGUCAGCCGAUGAGAAAGUCCGUAACGCAUCCCGCAGCUUUCGCCAAAACUUCGAUAUACCACCCACUGAAAGACUUGUGAGCUAUUAUUCCUGUGCCUAUAAUGGUCGGCAAGGUUGGCUCUAUAUCAGUGAGAACUACUUGGGCUUCUAUUCCUUUCUGCUUGGAGUGGAGACCAAGGUGUUGGUUGAGUUAAAGGAUAUUCAAGAUAUGAAAAAGGAAAAGUCCAAGCGAAACAUGUUCUCCGAUUCUUUGUUAAUAGCAACCAAAGAUAAGCAGGAGCAUCAUUUCACGAACUUGUUCAGGCGAGAUGAGACAUACGAUGUUCUGGUGCAGCUAACCGGGUUGGCCAUUGAAAGGUUGUUAACAAACACUGGCACUCGUGCUCCAGGUACGCCUUCUUCGCCACACUUGUCAGGAAAUGCACCAGGCAGCCCAGCACCUUCCAAAAGUGCCACCACCACGUCAGAAUCCCUCUUGACCGCACCGCUUCGAAUAAAGAUGGAGACUCAAAAGCGAAACGAGGCCUUUGCAAAGCAGUUCAGACUACCUCUGACUGAAACUUUGCAUGAGACGGUCAAUGUAUUAUGCAUACGGCCAAACGAAAGAGAAGGACGCAAAACCGACGUUUAUCAAGGCACUGUAUAUCUGUCGGAUAGUUUCGUUGCUUUUGAAUCUGCAGAUCGCCAGCCAGCACCUCAGCAAAACUCACCCGCCUGCUGGUUUGUUAUGCCACUGUUUACCGUACGACGAGUUGAGCGCUUGAACAGCGGAUCUUACGCAUAUUCGCUUUCUCUCACUACCUGGCACAAAAUGGAAAUAAUUUUCGAUCUUCAGGCAGAGAAGGUUGAAUGUGAACAAUUUUGCAGCACGUUGAAAACAAACUUGAAGGAUCAGGUAGAUUUGAUGAAACGACUAAAACCUUUCCUAGCGACAUGUUGGUCCGAAUUCUUGUUGAAGCAAAGCAGUGCAUGGCCUACAGACGACAACGGUCCGCUCAGGGGUGGAUUAGGACUACAGUUUGGCUUCCCAGGAGAUGUUCGAGAACUGCAGGAUAGAGACAAAAUGGGCAUGUGGAAGCAGUAUUUUGAAGGCAAUGGUCGUAACCUGACGAUGAUUCGGUUACCGACAUUUGGCAAACUUGUUCGUAUUGGACUACCAAACACGCUUCGAGGAGAAGUAUGGGAAAUGUGUGCUGGCUCCGCUUACCUUAGGUUCUACAAUCCAGGCGAAUACGAACGUAUACUGAAGGAAUACGAAGGCGAAACCUCACAGUCGACUGAAGAAAUCGAGAAAGAUCUCAAUAGGUCUUUACCUGAAUAUGCCGCCUAUCAGAGCGAAGAUGGGAUUAAUAAGUUGCGGCGUGUAUUAACCGCUUAUUCAUGGAAGAACCCAGCGCUGGGCUACUGUCAAGCUAUGAACAUCGUUUGUUCCGCGUUACUGAUCUAUAUGAGCGAAGAGCAAGCUUUCUGGACCUUAACGACACUCGUUGAUAACUUUUGUCCCGGGUAUUACAGUACUUCAAUGUAUGGUGCAAUGCUCGAUCAAAUUAUCUUUGAGCACUUGGUGGCGAAAACUAUGCCCAUACUAGAUAGUCAUAUCAAGAAGAUUGACGUCCAACUGUCCAUUGCUUGCCUGCCCUGGUUUUUAAGUCUUUUCGUCAAUUCCAUGCCUCUCUUAUAUGCCUUUAGAGUGCUGGAUUGUUUCUUUAUGGAAGGACCCAGGAUUCUAUUCCAGAUUGGACUUGCCAUUCUGAAGGUCAAUGGGGAUGAAUUAUUGAAGACUACAGACGAUGGUCAAUUUUUCGAUAUUCUGAAGAGCUAUUUCACCACACUGGAUCAGCCCGUGAGACAUAAACUCAGAACCAAGUCGCGUAGCAAGAUUACUAACUUUACUAUUCUCAUGAGAACCGCAUACCGAGAAUUUUCUCUUGUCACAGACGAGAUGGUGAUGGACUUGCGACGUACUCACAAGCUGAAGGUGAUAGCAGGCGUUGAGUCUUUUGCUAAACGAACAGGUAUCCGAAAUCUUCAGGAUACAGCGCAUUUCUCCAAAGAUGAGGUAUCCGACAUUUACGACAAGUUCUUUGGUGCACUGUACUACACUGAGAAGAAGGGAGACAAGAGUGACACUACCAUGGACGAGCCAACAUUUAGACGCUUCUUGGCCAGCAUAACCACUUGGGUGGAUAAAGGGUUCCGACCAGGCGCUAACAACAGCAGCGAGAUUAUUGCCAUGGAGAAAAGCUUUGUGCAUAGAUUAUAUGUUCAUUUCGAUCGCAGCAAGGAAGGCGUAUCACUGCAAGAUGCUGUGCUGGGUCUUAGCGACGUAUUCCAUGGUGGCAUCAUGAGCAUAAUAGACCUAUUUUUCAACCUAUACGAUUCUGAUAAUGACGGCACUCUCAGCAUCAAGGAUUUACUGGAAAUGUCAAAAGAGCUGCUUUGUCUCUACCACAUUAUGCAAAUCCUCGAUUCCCAGCAUUUAAGCAGCAUAACGUCGUUACUCCUUAACGCGUAUGAGCAGUACGAAAUUGUCAGUGGACAGGAAACUUCGGAAGACAAACGAUCAGAACGAGUAGCAAAAUACACCUUGGCGGAUGAUACACCAUUGGAGACACUUAUGAUGCAUUUGGAUGUGAUGUUGAACGGCGCAGAUGCAUUGGAGCUCAGUUUACCGUCUUUCCGAAUGGUAGUGCUCACAGACGAAACUUUGGAGAUUUUCUUCUCCAGUAACUUUCCAGAGAGCUUUACACUCAAGAAGGCGUUGGUCGAUAGCCAAAAGAGCCUUGGACGAGAAAUCUUUAAUCAUCUAUUUGCUAGUGGCCAAACUCUGGCAUCUCGCAAGCCUGCUCUAAGCAUAAAGUCUCAGUCUCCAUCAUUAUCGCCUUCCGUUUCUCAAGUCACCAACUCUCCUUCAAGUGCCAGAAGCUCUCCAUCCAUGGCUCCUUCAGCUGCUAGCGAAGAUCUUAUUGAUCUAUUGGAUUCUGCCAGCUUGGGCUCCUCAAGCAAGAAAGAUACCGAACAGAGCACUUCCACGUCAACCACUAAGACUAAUAUACCAUUAGAUGAACUUUUCAGUGAACUGGAACACUUUGAAACAGAGGACGGCUUUCAACUAAUAUAAUCGUUUAGUGAUAGAUAAUGUAGUCUAUCGUAAGGUAGCCUGCAUUAUGUGUGUCGACCGAUGUUUGUCAUUUGCUAAGAAAUACCCCACAAUUACCCUCUGCUUUUUUUGUAAUUGACCAUACUUUUAUUAAAAUUUGGUGCGGUUGGAUUGGAUCGUCACAAAAUUAUCAACGUCUACAAG